AUGACAACCCACACAGACUCCUCAUCCGCCCAAUCCGCUCCACCCUCACCAGCAACAACAAUGUCAACCCAAGACAACCAAGAUUACCCCGCGGUCGACAACUCCCUCGAUGACAUCUUCGGCUCCUCCCCACCCCACGAAAGCACGCUUAACGUGCCGCUAGCCUCAACAACCACCCCAAUGUCCUCAUCCAUCGAACCCUCCGACCUCCCCAGCCUCCGCCGCCAGCAUGUGACAGCAGGCUACCGCGAUGGCACGUCCGCCUCAAAGGGCGCGCACGUGCAAGAAGGCUUUGACGGAGGCUUUCCGGUUGGCGCGCAGCUGGGUAUGCGUGCUGGCACUGCGCUGGGAAUUAUGGAAGGGCUGCUACGCGGGUUCGAGGAAAGGAGUGGACCGGGUGUUGUGAGGAAGCCGGCUGUGCGGGCAGGUCAUUCUGGUGCUGCUCCUACGAUGACGCACACGGGUGGCAAUACUGAAGUUUCGGAAUUGCGUCGGCAGAAGAGAGAGCAGAUUCGGACGCUAUAUGAGGCUGCGCUUAAAGAGCUAGAUGUCCAGGCUGUUUUUGCUGAGGCUGAUAGCGCUGCUGCGCAGGUUGUGCCUAAGGCCAAGGAUGAAGAGGAACGGGCGGAAACGCAGCUCAAGCGAAGGGGAGAUGUUGUUGUUUCGAAGUGGGAGAAGAGGGUUGAUGUUCCGAGUUGGGAGGAGAAUAUGGAGGCCUUGGAGAUGAAGGAGAAGGAGGAGGGCAAGGGUGAAGGCCAGGGCCAGACGGUGGAGCACAGUUGA